GCUUUAUUCGCUCCCUCCACAGUAGUGAUCACCUCUCUCGGUUCUAAGGGUUGUUUGGUCAUCAUUGCAUGGACUGCAUAUCCGGAUAGUACCUUGGUUAGUGAGCUCAUAUUCGUAUGGGAGUUUUGGGCUUGACACCGUUCAUUCAGAAGACCUGCCCUGAAGUUAUCAAGACCCUUCCUCAUCGGUUGCGAGAUUUGUGUGGGAAGACUGUGGUUAUCGAUGGCACGCUCAUUACCCAACGUCUGCAUUUCUCGCCCAUGCCUCAUCGCCAUCGGCAUGUGCUGGGCUGGUAUCGCAUCAUGAAGGAGCUCAUGGAGUGCGACGUGCGUGCUAUCUGCGUCUUUGAUGGGAAGGAGCGCAGUCUAGCGAAGGAGUUGGAGAUGGAACGAAGACGGCACGUCCGCAGGCUCACUUCAGCUCGUGGCGCUCUUGAGCUCGAACGUCUGGAGCGGUUGCGGAAGCUCGCUGGCCUGCUGCAGAUGCUGCGAACGCUGGGCAGUUCAGCGCAAGAGCAGAUCGCAGGCACUCUACGGGAAUUAACGAGACAUCCUGACGCCGUACCCUCCCAUCCACCCUCGAUACCGUCGUGGCUCCCUGCCGUCGAACCUUGGAGGACAGUCAAGGAACCAGAAUUGCCGAAGCAUAUUAUCCGAAACUUCAUAACGCCCUACGAAGCAUUUGGACAGCUCGACAGUUCUGACGUCUCCGAGGUGCUCAAGCGAGAUACUGCUGCCACGUUCGUCAGCCAGUGCGCUUCGGGCGCCGAUAGAGGUAUCUUGUCAUCGGCCAACGAAGAUGCGCUCGAAGUCCGCUCAGCAGACGACGUCCUACAGGCAGCUGCGAUUGAUCAGGAAGAGGUGGACGAAGAAGACUUUGUGGAGGAGGAAGAGGCAGAGGAAGAAGAGGCAUGUGGGGAGCACGACCUGGACGGCGACGGUUUCGACGCAGAGCACGAUGUGGACCUGGACGGUGUCAUUGACAAACCUGAAGGUAUCCUCUCGGAAGGACGAUUCAUUCAAGGGCUAUAUAUCGACACCGAGACCCCCAAAAGCUCGAGUUUGCACGGCGACUUCAAGGAACUAUCGUCCACUCAUGGAGCAGACGAGGUACACCGUGAAGCCGCUACGGAGGCUUUCCGCCUUGAAGCCAACUACAAUAUACCUCUUCCUGAUCCGAAGGACAUCCCGUUGGCGUUGGCUUCACUGUACUUCCAGUUUCGCCAAAGCCUUCCGAAAUUAGCUGCAUUGCCCGCGACUGCCCCGGCUGCGACGGCGGGCGAGGUAAUCUCGGAGCAAGAGAAGGCUGCCCUUCACGACGAAGCUUUGACAGUUCACGCGAUGUCGAAGCGACAAAACGAACUCACAACGGAAGAGGGCGAGUUAUGGGAUCAUCUAUCAGAGACUCGACCGACCGAGCGGAUUACGGGCGGCGCUGAAUGUCGACUUGCUGCACUAGCGGAGAAGAGCAAUGUCAUCUCUCAGUCGUAUGAGCGACGGACACAUCCGCCUACGACAGAGACGUAUGAGGAGAGCAAAGAGAUCCUCCGUGCCAUGGGAGUACCAUGCAUUGAAUCAACGGGGCCAUUCGAAGCAGAGGCGCUUGCUUCCUCGCUGGUCUUGCAUGGACAUGCAGACUAUGUUGCAAGCGAAGACACCGACGUCCUCGUCUACGAGGCUCCUCUCAUACGAAACAUUGCCAAUCGGAACGGGCCUUUAUACGUGAUAUCGGGCACAGAUGUACGUUCAACACUGCAGCUGGACCGUGCUGGCUUCAUCGAUUUCGCGCUGCUUCUUGGGACCGACUUUUCCCAGCGGAUCAAGAACGUUGGUCCCGCCCGCGCUCUUCGUUUCAUCCGCGCGCACGGCUCCAUCGAGCGCAUGCUGGAAUGCGAGCCGCGAUACACACCGAGGGUAGACCCCACCACAUAUCUCGCUCAAGUCAGCCUCGCGCGGACAGUGUUCCAGACAUUACCGCCGACACCAGACGCGGAGCUGCUGCAGCCCAAGGAGUAUGACGAGGAGGAAGUGAUGCGAGUGUUGGGCAACUAUGGACUCCACCGCGAGGCGAUGCAAGAAUUCGAUCAUACCUCUGCACUGUCUGGCAAUUUCUUCAGCGAUAAUCCUCAGGCAGCAUGACUCAUUUUGGUGCACACUACGUUACGCCUGCAAUGCUUACAAUUAGACUUAAUUCAUAGCACACACCAAUGGACAGUACUUACCAGGUACUUACGGACGAGCAGCACUAUCACGAACCCUCAAUUCCUGUACCGAUAGACAUCGUAUCACCCAUUUUUUGAAUCGACGGCCGUGUCUGUUCUGUGGAGGUUUGCAGGAGUCACAGCGAGUUGUACCAUGUCUCAUUCAGCUUGGUUCAUAUAGAACGUUACAUAACGUGCUGGUGCGUCGACCGUUCAAAGUCAGCGCGCACCCGCGAUGAGAC